UCGAUUGUCUUAAAGUCACGAGACCUGUGUUUCAGGGUUCCGCCAUAUUACGUUAGAGUUAGUGUGUCGCAACGAGCGUUUCGUUAGUUUGUUUCUUCAAACCCGGUUUGGCCAUUAGAUACCAUGGCGUCAAGAAAGAAGGUCCUUUUGAAAGUCAUUAUCUUGGGUGAUAGUGGGGUUGGCAAGACAUCACUCAUGAACCAAUAUGUCAACAAAAAAUUUAGUAAUCAAUACAAGGCAACAAUUGGGGCUGACUUCCUCACAAAGGAAGUUAUGGUGGAUGACAGACUAGUUACAAUGCAGAUAUGGGACACAGCUGGUCAAGAGAGAUUUCAAAGCUUGGGAGUGGCAUUUUAUCGCGGUGCAGACUGUUGUGUGCUGGUCUUUGAUGUCACACAACCAACUACAUUCAAGACACUAGACAGCUGGAGAGAUGAGUUCCUCAUCCAAGCUAGCCCACGUGAUCCUGAAAACUUUCCUUUUGUUGUCUUAGGAAACAAAAUUGACUUGGAAAACAGAGUGGUCAUGGCCAAACGAGCACAAGCGUGGUGCCAUUCAAAGAAUGACAUUCCAUACUUUGAAACCAGCGCAAAAGAGGCCAUCAAUGUGGAGCAAGCUUUUCAGACCAUUGCCAAAAAUGCUCUCGCUCAGGAGACAGAGGUUGAGUUAUACAAUGAUUUCCCAGACCAAAUAAGACUUUCAAAUGACAACAAAGCUAAAUCAAAUGACUGUGCCUGCUGAAUGCCAUAGCUCUGCGUCUGUAGUUCCUUGAAAUCUAGUGCAAGAAGAGAGAUUUAUCACAAGAAAACAGUGCUAGUCCUUUCUGUAACAACAUAUCCUACGCUGGCCAAUGAAAUAAAUUUGUGAAAAUAAUUGAGGCAUGCAGGUGAAAAAAAGUAAUUGCCUGCUCUGUAUCAUGUGCGUGUACAUUGUUUACUGUGAAGGACAGUCUGUAUCAUGUUGGUGUAUGAUAUUUACUGUGAAGGACAGGCACAAUUUUCACCCAGUCUCCUGCAUGGAAAAAUGUCGGUAGUCAUAAAAUUUUUUGUAGCGUUUCAUUCGUCUGUAUAAGCGGGUGGGGAAUCAUUGUUACUCAAUAUCUUCUUGACAUUUUUCCGCAGGGAAAUAGAUUUAUGUGAUAGUGUUGCAUUGUUAUUGCACGAUUGUGAAAUGUGGAAAUUUUGGUGCACUGUAUUAGUAGAUCAUAGAUUGAAAUGAAUGUACAAUGUAACUAAAUAAAAUGUAAACCUUUGGUACAAA